CACUGGCCGCGUGGCAACGACUGGAGGGAAGGCAUUCUCAGGACGGCCACAAUGUGGACACUGCUACUUCUGGCAGUGACUUUCGUCCUCGCUGUAGCUUCCUACAUCAGGAGAUUCGGGAAACCUGCCAAUUUUCCACCAGGGCCAGCAUGGCUGCCCAUAGUGGGCAGUGCGCCUUACCUGAAGAAGCUGUGUAGGGAGCUGCGCUACUUGCACCUGGCAGCUGCCCACAUGUCCGAAGAGUACAAAUCCCCUGUGAUCGGCCUGAAGCUGGGGAGCGAACCCACCAUUGUGGUGCUUACACACGACGCCGUGCAACAAGUCCACACGAGGGAGGAGUUCGAGGGUCGCCCCUACAAUUUCUUCAUCAAGCUCCGGUCCAUGGGCGCUCGUAGGGGGAUCACUUUCACGGAAGGAGAGAUAUGGCACGAGCAGCGUAGCUUCGCGGUGAGGCACCUCAAGCAGCUGGGCUACGGGAAGCAGUUGAUGGAGAACAUGAUCACGAAGGAGGUGCUGGACUUGCUGACGACGUUGCGUAGGGAAGGCAGUGGCGGCCGACGCGAGAUCAGCGUCGGGCGGUACGUCACACCCUGCGUCCUGAACGUUCUGUGGGUGCUGGUCACAGGGUCGCGUUUCUCGUCCUGGGAUGACCCCCAACUGCAGCAUCUCAUGCAACUCAUGAGCCGCAGAGCGAAGGCUUUCGACAUGUCUGGAGGCGCACUCAACCAGUUCCCAUGGUUACGCUUCUUCGCGCCGGAAUGGAGCGGCUACAACAUAAUUACGCGCAUCAACGCUCAGCUCAAGGAGAUGAUCAUGGGAACAAUCAACGAACAUUUGAAGAGAUACGAUCCAAAUGUAACCAGUGACCUUGUUGACGCAUACAUCCAUGAGAUGGAAGCCAGAAAGAACCUUGGAUCUUCAAAUUUCACGUAUGACCAGCUGAUGCAAAUCUGCAUGGAUUUCUUCAUUGCGGGCGCUAUUCCGAUUGGUGCCACACUGGACUUCCUGGUGCUCAUGAUGCUUCUUCAUCCGGAUGUCCAGCAGAAAGCACAGAAGGAGAUCGACACUGUGGUUGGGAAGGACAGGUUACCCCAGCUAAGCGACAAACCGCAGCUGCCUUACCUAGAAGCGGUGCUGAUGGAGUUGCAGCGGAUGUACAUUGUCACACCAGUCACUGGCCCCCGACGAGUUACACGGGACACAAUCCUGAAUGGGUAUAACAUUCCUAAGGACACGACAGUACUCAUCAGUCUGUGGUCUGUGCACAGGGACCAGAAGCACUGGGGCGAUCCCGAUGUGUUCCGACCUGAGAGGUUCAUCAACAAGCAGGGAGAACUGAUUAAAGAUGACUGGUUACUAAACUUUGGGGUCGGCAAAAGACGUUGCCUAGGAGAGGCACUGGGUAGAAGCUGUGUCUUUCUGUUCUCUGCUGGAAUCCUUCAGCAUUUUGAAAUCCUGUCAGUGCCUGGGAAAGACCUGCCCUCCUCAAAACCAAUACCAGGCAUCACGAUGUCACCGCCACCAUAUGAAGUCCUACUGAGACCACGUACCGAGCAGGCAACAAAAUCAUAACAAAAAUCAAAAGUAUUUGUUUUGCAGACAACACUGCCUACUGCAAGGAGCAGAGAAAAAGCAGAAGAUGAAUUUUUGUUGAGUAAAUAACGCAGCAUAUAAAUUCCCGUAGCGUGAAUUAUAGGCUAUAUUCCUGAAUAACUGAUAUUAUAAUAUUAUAAUUUAUUCUGUUUUUAAAGUUUUAUACAUUUUUGUCAGAGUCCCAAAUUUUGAUACUUAA